CUAUCGAUUAUCCUCCAAGCACUUUAUGAUACAAGUACACUUUUUUACGCAACUUUCCCCCAUCGCAUUUUCCUCUUUUCUUUUCUUUUAAUUUUUGGGCAGUAGAAGAUAAAUGUUGACAGGUAGCAGGUAAUCAAAAUUGGUCAAGUAAUCCACGAAGAGUCAACCGAGAUUAAUAACGACGCCGUAAGAAGGAAGGUAAGUACAUUGUUUACGUAAAGGAAGAAGAGGAAAAAACACCCGUAAAAAUAUCAGCCGGUCAACCUCUUUUUUGAAGUUUGGUUGUACUCUUCCGAUCCUGUUUCCUGCCCCUCUUAAAUGAUCGUGCCAAACCCGCCACCAUUUUGAGCCAACAACAUUAUUUCAGCAUCUCCGAAUCUCUUUAAAGAAUCUCCCCUCCAAUUCCCAAUUCUGUAUUUUUUUUUCUUUUUUUUUUUCGUUCUGAAAAAAACACUCUUGAUUUUUACGAACUAAUAUAUAGUAAUUAUCAUCCCAUUGGAACCAUCGAGCGACCAAUUUCAUUCUUGAAUAUACCUCCAUCUCGAGAAAUCCCUUUCCAAGGUUUCCGGCUGAGAUCGGUCUUGCAUUUCAGUAGAGAAUGGGAAGGGGAGAAAGGAGGUUUUCAGAAUCUGGAUUUGGUUGCGAAUCAAAUGAGAUUGAUGAGGCGGUGUGUUUUUCGCCGAAAGAAGGAAAAGGAAAGAGGUUGUGGAAGAAGGUGAAGUACCAACUGGUAGAAUAUCACUCUUUGCCUGGCUAUUUGAAGGACAAUGAGUACAUUCUUGGGCAUUACAGGUCUGAAUGGCCUCUCAAGCACACAUUGCUCAGCAUUUUCACCAUUCACAAUGAGACCCUCAACGUUUGGACGCACUUAAUAGGGUUCUUCCUAUUCCUUUCCCUCACCAUUUAUACAGCAGUGAAGAUACCUCAGGUUGUGGACUUGAAUACUUUACAACAUCUUCCUGAUGUGUUAAGGAAAGCUGACCUGCACAAAUUGCAAGAAGAUAUUUUGCCUUGUUUGCCUUCCCUGCCACACAUGCCUGAUGUGAAAAGAUUUAGAAAUGAAUUGAAGACCUCAUUGGCUUACAUGGACUUUUUGUCAUCUCCUUCGAAUUGGCAUAUUGUAGAACUCCUUAGUAACUGUUUACCUGAACGGUUCUCCCAUAGCAAUCACACUGAUGUGUGUGUUCUGCGUAGCGUGAAGGAAGAUCUGGCCAACAUAAUAGCCCCAUUACUGGUUAGACCGAUAACGCGCUGGCCAUUCUUUGCAUUCAUGGGCGGUGCCAUGUUUUGUUUGCUGGCAAGCAGUGCAUGCCAUUUACUCUCAUGCCACUCAGAACGAGUAUCAUACAUCAUGCUUAGGCUUGAUUACGCUGGAAUUGCUGCUUUGAUCUCAACUUCCUUUUAUCCUCCAGUUUACUAUUCAUUCAUGUGCUAUCCUAUGUUCUGUAACUUCUACAUGGGUUUCAUUACUGUUCUCGGAAUUGGGACAAUAAUGGUUUCUCUUCUACCAACAUUUCAAACUCCAGAAUACCGCAACAUCCGAGCAGGGCUCUUCUUUGGCAUGGGUGUGUCCGGGGCUGCACCAAUAUUGCACAAGCUAAUCCUCUUUUGGCACCAGCCAGAGGCACUUCACACUACAGGUUACGAGCUUCUAAUGGGAGCUUUUUAUGGUAUUGGAGCGCUCGUCUACGCAGCGAGAGUCCCUGAGAGGUGGAUGCCUGGAAAAUUUGAUAUUGCUGGUCACAGCCAUCAACUUUUCCAUAUUCUUGUUGUUGCCGGAGCAUAUACUCAUUACCGAGCAGGGCUUAUUUAUCUCCGGUGGAGAGAUUUACAGGGUUGUUGAUUGGUACAGACUAUGGACUACAGGAUGGGUGGGUGGGUGUCUGUGUCUCAGAUGAAUCGAUGUAGUUAUGGUGUAAAUAAUUGCAGGGACUUGAUUAUUAUGAUGUGCUCAUUAUAUAAUUGAGCCAAUAAUUCUACUGUUCAAUGCUGAUAUCGUAUGGCAGUCCUCUUUUUGGAUGCUAGAUCUAUUGAAUGAAAUGGCCGAAUGACUAUUUCUCCAGAUUUGUAGCAUUUUCAGAAGCAUAUACUGUGAAGCAUCCUGUAUUUUAGAAGCAUAUUGCACGGUUGCAUUUUAUGCCUCA